AUGAACAACAGCCCAGGAACAAACAUCGCCCAGCAUGACAUUGCGGCGGCUCUGCGAGGCAGUCCAACCGAUCGCCCACUCAAGGCGCGACCGCGUAAAGACUCACUGCAUUCAAUCUCGGACUCAGGUUCCAAUCCCGGCCGUAUUGUAAAGCCUCGAGCUCGGAAAAGCCCCGGAUCUGGUGCAAAGCGAUCCGAGCCGGCCAAGCGGAAAUUCAUCUGUUCAUUCAGUCACUACGGCUGCGACGUAGCACUCAGCUCGAAGAAUGAAUGGAAGCGACAUGUGUCAAUUCAACACCUACAGCUUGGCUUCUAUCGUUGCGAUGUAGGUCCUUGCAAUCCGGAGUACAACCCUGGAGUUCCAGGCCACAAGCGGGUCUACAAUGACUUCAAUCGCAAGGAUCUCUUCACUCAACACCACCGUCGAAUGCACAAACCGGAUAGUGGCCCUGGAUCAGUCGCCUUUGCCGGUCAAGAAAGUAGUGCAGAUUGGAAAGCCUUCGAGGACACCCUGGAAAGUGUUCGUCAACGCUGCUGGAUGGAAAAGCGCAAACCUCCCAUGCGAAGCACGUGUGGCUUCUGCGGUCGUGUGUUCGAGGGCGAUGGAAGCUGGAAUGAUCGAAUGGAACACGUCGGCGGCCACUUCUCCCGAGACAUCAUUGACUCAAAGGAAGAGCGCGAGGAUGAAGAUCUCACCAAUUGGGCGCUACAGGAGGGCAUCAUCAAGGACGCUGGUAACGGCAGACAUGUGCUUGCCGAUCAGCCUCCUUCGACGCUUCCUGGACAAGAGCUGCCCAUGAACCACAACCUCAUCGAUCCGUCCAUUAGCAAUGCGGGUUAUUCAGACCCCAACUCAUUCUCCCAGAAUGGUAUGGAACCCUACAUGACAGCCAUCGAAAUGGCUCAACUCGCCAGUUUUGCAGGUACACUGACGCAUCUUCCACCAUCAGGUCAAGGAUCGCCCAACGAUCGUCGUCCUUACAACCUCGCGCCUCCCCCACUCGGCAGUCUCGAUGACGACAACAGGGAGCUAGGCAGUGGUGACCGUCUCGAGGACCUAAUACACCAGUUGACCAAGCCGAAGGAGCCUCUCAUCCAACGACGCUUAGCUUGGAGUUGUGACUGUCAAUUGACCUUUGCCGUCAACGUCGACGAGAACGACAAACAGCUGAUCGACCGACUGGCCAACAUCAGCAUCGUUUGUGGCAAGUCACAACCAUCUUUCCUCAAGAAUAAGAGCAUGAGACAGACGGUGCUCAAGUGUGACGAGCUCGAAGGCUAUAUUGAAAAUCAAUUCAAGAUCCGAAUUGAAACGACUGGCGUCCAAAUCACGCCGAUGGCAGCUCAACUGGCAGCAGCUGCAAAUGAGGCCGUGGAGAACAACGCCGCGGCAGCUCAGUAG